UGACAGAGAUCACAGCAUCACUGAAUCGCUCAACCUCCCUUCUCUUCGACAACUCAACCUUCCCCCCAUACCUUCAACCCCUCUGGACCUCCUCCUCCUCCCCCUCUUCCACCCCUCCUCCCCCUGACCUGGUGGUGUCCCCCAACAUUGUGUACAUGGUGGCUGAACUUAUCAUAGCAACCCUCUCCACCGUGGGUAACCUGCUGGUGUGUGCUGCCGUUGGCCUCAACAGGAAGCUACGUACUGUCACCAACUACUUCCUAGUGUCGCUGGCCGUAGCCGACAUCUGCGUGGGUGCACUGGCCAUCCCUUGCGCCAUCCUCACUGGCGUUGGCGUGCCCCGCCACAACCUCUACCUGUGUCUGCUGAUGCUAAGUGUGCUCAUCAUGCUAACCCAGAGCUCCAUCUUCAGCCUGCUAGCUGUAGCUGUGGAGCGCUACGUGGCCAUCUUCCUGCCCUUCCGCUACCACACGCUCAUGACGCCACGCAACGCUAUCCUAGUUAUCUUGGUGACCUGGGUGCUGGCUUUCCUCAUUGGCCUGGUGCCCCUCAUGGGCUGGCACAAAACACCGCCCGACUCGGGCUACUGCUUCUUCGUGUUCGUGGUGGACAUGACCUAUAUGGUCUACUUCAACUUCUUUGCCUGCGUGCUAGCGCCCCUGGUGGUCAUGUUCCUCAUCUACGCCAAGAUCUUUGUGACAGUCAAGCGGCAGGUACGGCGCAUCGCAGCAGAGCGCGGGGGCGGCGUGGGGGGUGCGGAGGGGCAGGCGGCCCGGGCGGCCAGCAUGAAGAAGGAGAUAAAGACGGCCACGUCGCUGUUCCUCGUCCUCUUCCUCUUCACUGCCUGCUGGAUACCACUGCACGUCAUCAACUGCUUCCUGCUGCUCUGCCCCGGCUGCCCUGUGCCUUUGGAGCUCCUCCUCACCGCCAUUAUCCUAUCACACGCAAACUCUGCCGUUAACCCCUUUCUGUACGCGUACAAGAUGAAGACCUUCCGGAACACCUUUAAGGCCAUCUUCCUCUGCUGUAGAGCUCUAGGGGACUGGGAAGAGGCGGCCGAUGGUGGGGGGACCACCACCCACAGGACCUGACCGAAGACCCGUUGGUACCGCCUUGACUCGCCAUUCCUUAAUGUUCAACUGGUGAGGAUUAUGUACCAUUUGGUGGUCGUUAUGCCCAGAGAACUGUCUUUUACAAUAAACAGAACUGCUAGAAUAUCAGGGACACAUCUCCUAACUAACGUUAAUAUACCACUAUGUACAUUCCAGUAAAGUUAAAGUUUGUGGACACCAGACUACUUUAUUUGCUUCAUUAGAGAAAGCCUCACCCUUUAGAUUUGACGACGGGCAACCUUCUCUUCAGCUCCUCCUUGUCCUCCACCCUGAGUGUGUUAAAGCCUUUGAGCUGAGCGGCGCUGUACUCUGGUUUGAAGACCAGCUCCUCCCUGCGG